CAGUUUUGGCUCUUAAAUUUGGCACCAUUACACACCAUGAACUGGCUGACUGGAAAUUACAUACUUCUUCAUAUCUGCUGCGAAAUCUCAGAAAAAGAACUAUACUUCCCUUUUUUGUGGGAUAAGUUCCUCAGUACACGAGACUGUUUAUUCACUGUUGAUAGUGUGUGAAGGAGAAUUCUGCCCCCUCACUGCAGCAACACCCGUGACUUUAGCCACACCCCCCUCACUGCAGCCACACCCCUUAUUAUAGCCACACCCCUUAUUAUAGCCACACACCUCACUGCACCAUGCAAUAGCAGACCCUCUGUUACAUUUUUAUGCCUUAAAUAAUAUUCAGUAUUAGGCCAAAGAACAACAGAUCUUUUGGGUUUCCUCUAAGAAUGAUAAAAUAUUCUGAGAUAAUUUAAGAACAGCUAUACAAUAAUAAGAAAAUGCAAAAUAAUUUUUUAUCUAAGAAAAUGAAAGGCAUGAAUCUGGGAAUAUAGAAUCCUUCAAAAUGUGUACAUAGGCUUUUGGUGUUGGUUGGAGGACUGAGUUUUAUACAUUUAUAUUUCGGAAUGUUUGCCUAUUUCACCAUGCAGAUCUGCCAAAUGAGACAGAGGGGCAGAUGUUAUUUGACAUCUGUACUAAACCUGUAGCUUAUCACAUAAUUAGUGCAUGUCACUGUCCUCACUAGGCCAGUCCGCAGAUAGUGCAGGUUGUGCCCUGUCAUUUAACGUCAGAUGUACACUGAAAAAAAUUAAAUCUAAAUGGAAAUGUUGAAUCAGCUUAAAAUAUUUGAAGUAAACAAUUCCACAAAAUAUUUGAUGUUGCCUCAAUGUAAAUUAUUUAUUCAGUUUAACCUGCAAAAAUGGCUUCAACCGUAGACAUAAAUAAGAAAACUACGUUUAAAUAAUUUUCACCUAUUGGAAUGAGAAGAAACGCACAUUAAUGAACAAUGACAUUUUUUCAGUGUGUCGCGGAUGUAGUUUUUGUGAAUGUGCUUGUGGAUUGAGGGGGGGAGCAUUCCUUCCAGAUAUCUUCCCUGUGUACACAAAUGUGCUACCUGGAUUACACCUGCUUUUCAGAGGCAGCAUUUCAGAGGCAGAGAAAUUUCAGCACAAACCAGAUGUACGCUUUUCAUUAACACUUUGAGUACAAAUCAUAUACUUAUGAUUGUUAUGAUUAUGAUUUGUACCAUGUUUAACUAAUUCAUAACUCAUGAUGAUGUAAUGGAUGAAUUAAUACAAGAUGUAUCAUGAAUUCCUGUUGCUCAUCAUAAACUAAACAUGAAGUCACAAUGACUUUAUGUAAUUACUUCACACUUACUAGAUCAUCAGUUAAGGAGCAUUAAUUCACUAAUUGAUAUGCCACCAAAUUAACUGUAUUCCAAGUAAUGGUAGCCAGCAGGUACAGUGGUGUGCAGUGAGUAAACCUCAUUCCCUGACAACUUAAGAGACGUGUUAAUGACAGACACUAGCACCCAUGGGUUUUAGCCUCCCAUGCCUGAGGUUGCAACUUUGAAUACGGAGCGGUAUUGUGCUUCUUCACACAAUGCAAGUUACAUCCACAAACUUUCAUUUCAGGUCCAUGCAUUUGAUCAGAUACAUUUAUUAUCAGAAACAAAUCUCACAUUUGACCCUGCAUUGAAACUUUUGCUGUCAGUGGAGGAAGCAAAUAAAAACAUGUAAGAUUUGCAAAAUAAAGCUGCAACUCGCAAGUUGACGAGAAGUACGGAGCGCGGAGACUGUGGUCACAGAGGAAUUAACUAGAUUGAGGUUGGGAUUUUGCAGGAUGAUGGUGUGUCAGUGGUUAGCACUGUUGCCUUACAUCUCUGGGACCACAGUCUCCUCCAGGGUUCUGUGUAUGUGGAGUUUGCAUGUCCUCCCCAUGUGAUUGUGCAGUUUCCUCUGCAUACUUUCUUCCUACAGUCUAAAAAUAUGCUGAGGUGAAUUGAAGUGACCAAAAUGGACAUAGGUGUGCAUGUGUGGGUGUGACUCUGCAAUGGGAUGGCGCCCCCUCUUGGGUUGUUCCCUCCCUUGCAGGUUUAAGCUCUAGACCUCCUGUGAUGCUGAAUAGGACAAGUGGUUACAGAAAAUAGAAGGGUGGAUGGAUUUUGUGAAUCGAUGUUGAAACUAGGAUCACAAUUAAUCAUAAAUUCAGUAUUUUUUUCCCACUGCUAAUUGUCUUACUUCUUCCAGUCGACCCUCAUUUUUCAGGUAUCAAAAUGAUGAUGACCUCGCUGGGUAAGAAUGUGGCAAUAGCAAAAAAGAUAGCAUGCACUGAAAAAAAAACAAGAAGACAAAUAUCUCUCCAUGGAGGAUGCAAAGAUAAGGAAUGACUCCGCUCAAGAUGUGAAGCCACGACGACACUUUCACACAGUCACACUAAGUGCAAUGAUCCCAGGAUAAUAAGGCUACAUGUGCAGCAGAAAAUUCAGAGAAGCUUCAGCCCCUGCGAGAGUAACAGCCUUUCAGGCAGAAGAAUGGGUGACAAUAUCUACACCAACGUGGAGCUGGAUGAUGGGAUAUAUGCCAAUGCAACCAUUGCUGAUGGUUAUAAACGCAGCACAAGCCCAAGUCAAGGAGAUGCGAGAAGGCGGUGCUUUGGGUCUGAGUCGGCAGAGAGACGAGACCACAGACCGGCUGUAGCGUGUCUGGGGCUGCUGUGUUUCCUGCUGCUGACGGCCCUCAUAGUGCUGGCUGUUUACCAUAAAGAAGCGUUUGAGGUCAUUAAGGCACAGGUCAAACAACUGCAGGAGAGUGAAGAGAAGCUGGCAGUUCGCAUCUGUCCUCAGAACUGGAUGAGUUUCAACUUAAGCUGUUACUACAUUUCCAACGAGACGCAGACCUGGAAUGACAGCCGGAAGAAAUGCACAGAGAAAGGAGCAGACUUGGUGAUCAUCAGCAGCAGAGUGGAACAGGUUUUCAUCGAUGAUUUUAAUGGACGUUUCUGGAUCGGUUUGACUGACCUCCAUGAAGAAGGAACCUGGAAAUGGGUGGAUGGGGAAGUAAUUCCCAAAGAGAAAGGACUCUGGAGGAAAGGCCAGUCUGACGACUUCCAGGAAGAGGACUGUGUGGAGUCCAGGAACACAGGUACCGAAGACAUGAAAAGAUGGAAUGACAAAAACUGUAAUGUAAGGCUGCAAUACAUCUGCGAAAAAGGGAGCAAGUUUUUAAAACCCAAACAAUAUCAGUGGUUGCAUGAUGCGCUUUGAGGUGAAAAUGAAGCUAAUUUAUUGAACAAUGCCACUGUAGAGGUAUUUUGCAUGUAAUUUACUAAUUGUGUCAUGUACCCAUUGUACAAUGACUAAUACAGUGACUCCUUAAAUAGCUUUAAAGUGAUAAUGUGCACCUCUAUGAUGCACUGGAAUCCCACCCAGACUGUACCCUGCCUUAUGCCUGUCUUUCCCUCUGUGAUGCACUGGAAUCCCACCAAGACUGUACCCUGCCUUCUCCCUGUCUUUCCCUCUGUGAUGCACUGGAAUCCCACCCAGACUGUACCCUGCCUUCUGCCUGUCUUUCCCUCUGUGAUGCACUGGAAUCCCACCCAGAAUGUACCCUGCCUUCUGCCUGUC